AUGUCUGGGGAAAAAAACUUUUUCGGUAACCCCUACUCAACGAACGUUAACUAUGAGAACGUGCCAGCGCAAAACGAAUACGGGGGUGCCCCCCAGCAGGGCGUCUUCUACAACAGCGUAGCGGAGGGGAUGUACAGUUACGCCCCGAAUGAAAGUCUUUCGGGGGAGUUCUUGAAUCAGAACAUGAGCAGUUAUGGGAGCCGAGGAAUUGGGGUGAACAGCCAAAGCAGCCAGGGGGGCUACCCCGGGGUGCGUGGCGGAUUUGGAGGUAACGCUGCGAGUAGCUACGGAAGCGGCGGCAACUAUGGAAGCAGCGGUAACUACGCAAGCAGCGGUAACUACGCAAGCAGCGGUAACUACGGAAGCGGCGGCAACUACGCAAGCGGCAACACCUACGGGAGGGGCUACAUGAACGAGUCAGGCAACUUCCAAGACAGGCCAGGGGCAAGCCACUCGGGCGUGAAUGCCGCGAACAACUUGACCUACGCAAACAGCAUGGGGGGAGUGAGCGGCAUGGGAGGAAUGGGCAGCAUGAGCAGCAUGAGCAGCAUGGGCAGCGUGGGCAGCAUGGGCGGAGUGCAGAAUCUCCACAACUCGUUAAGCGGCAUGGGGGCGAUGAACAGAAUGGAAAAUGUGUUUAUGAACAAAAAUGUGAAAAGGGGCAUGCAGAGGGGCUACGAAAAUGGGGAGGCAGUUAGCUUUAAUAACAUCGGUGGUAUGCACAACACGUCUGGCGGUAUGACCACCGUAGGUAGUGCCGGGCAACGCGGCAAAGGGGGAACGUUAAAUGUGAUGCCCCAUGCGAGUAAUAUGUCGAGAGCCAAUGCGUAUGGUAUGCAGAGGACUUUGGAAAAGGUGAACAGCGUGGUGGGUGGCGAUCCCGGCGGUGCAAGUAACGAUGUGAAGAACAGGCUGACCAGCCACGCGAACACGACCCAAAGCAGGGGAGGCUUAAACAGCUGUGAUCGACAGAGUGGCUUCCCAGGAUUGAGCAACAUGCAAGGAGUGGAUGGCAUCAGCGGGUAUGGCAGCACCAACGGGUAUGGCAGCGUGAACAGCUUCGACAGCAUGGGCAACCAGCCCGGAGUGAUCCACGCGAGCAGCGAGCUAAGCGCGAUUAGCAGUAGAAACGACCUGUCGAGGGCAAAUAAUUACCACCCCCUAAGUGGAAACAAUACCUAUGAUAGUUACCGCCUGGGUGACUAUACGACGGAUAGGAGCGGCAUGCGAAGCCAUAACGCCAUGCAGCAAGGGUACACCACUCCCAGCGGCAACUACCUAGAGGCCCAAAACAACAACAGAGCCACAACCGCGCAAGGUCUGAACAACCGGUUUGUAAAUCAGGGAACUAGUUACCUAGGCAGUAACCACCCACCGAACAGCUCCUACCAAAAGGGAAACAUGAGGAGUAGUGUGAAGAGCACCAUCAAGAAUAACAUUAACAUGUUGAGCAAGUCCUCAAAUGAGACCUUCAAGAAGGAGCAGCCCGUGGCAUACACCCCCAAGGGAAGCGCCGCCUAUGCAGUUCGGGGCAGCGUUAGCAGCGGAGUUAGCAGCGAUGUUAGAAGUGAUGUUAGAAGUGAUGUUAGAAGUGAUAUUAGGGGUGAUCUACAGGGGGGCCAAGGUAGGAACCUCCCUCCGAGUGAGUACCCCUAUGAUCGCCCCCCCUUCAACCAACAGUACAGGGGAGGGGAAGACAAGUUAGCUCUCCAGGGGAGCAAAGGAGCUCAGAAUGACCCCAACAGCAGUGUAAGGAACAACCAAAUGGUGGACUCCAGCCUGGCGUAUGGCGGCAACAGAGGGGGAUUCUUUUACGAAGGCCAGUAUGCCGACCAGGGUUCCGCAUGGGGGGGGGACUACAGCGCGGGGCCUGCGUAUGAGAGGGGCGACUUCAAAGGGGGCUCCGCAGUUGUGGGUAGCGGUGUAGGCGGUACGAGUGGCAUUGGCGGUGUUGGCGGCGGUGCGAGUGGCGUUGGCGGUGCAGGCAGCUUCGAUAACUCCUACGGUAACGACUCCUCCAGCUUUUACGGCAACAGCUCUGCGAACUUCUACGGCAGCGACGGGGCCAACUUUUACGGAAACGACGCGGCUAAUUUGUACGCCAACGACGCGGCCAACUUCUACGGCAACAACGGCAGGCAGAUCCACGACGAGGCAGUCACUCAUCAGGGGGCGCUGCACCAGCAGAUGUUCCUCGGGGCGGCGAACAGUAGCAACUUCCCCCGGCAGGUGAAGAGCAAAGGGAGGUCUAGAAAAGGAAAGAACAGCGGCCCGAAGGGGGAGGAGAAAAAGGCAGCAGUGAAAAAUGGCAAGAGGGGCAAAACGAACGGCCUGAAGAGUGAAGGCGCGCCCGGUACUAGGGUGGGUGCGGGCAUGGUAACAAGUAUGGGCAGCGGCACCAGCAUUAACCCCGAUGCGUACUCGACUGCCUACCCCAGUGCGAACAACGUGAGUGGCAACCAAAACGGUGACCACCACCUCCACGACGGCAGUUCGAGCGCACUCACGCUGAACGUGUCGAAUGGCGGGGAUUUGGGCAACUUCCAGGGGGGAGCUGCAGUGGGUGGACAGGUGAGUGAGAAGGUUGAGGAGGCUCAGCAUGGUGGGGCGGCUCAGCUGGGUGGAGCCGUACAGAUUAAUGAACCCGCUUGUCUUAGUGAACCCCCUCAACCUAACGAACCCGCUCAGCCUGGUGGAACCGCGCCCCAAGUGGAGGGCCCCCCGCUGGAGGAAAACGAGCAGCUGCUCGCCAAUAGCCAGUUCCUCGAAAGCUACAAGGAAUACCUGCAGCUGCAGGCGCAGCAAUCGGGGGAGCGAAAAGGGAAGUCGUUCUCCCCAUCCAACAGUAACCUCACGCUGAACAAGGAUCUAGUGGAGAUGAUUCUUAGAAACAAUAAGCACUCAAUAGGUAGAAGCACAGACGAGAGCGUUAGUAACUCCUACACGAGCUUCUUAAUGAAUGUAAGUUCCUCCUAUUUGAAGAAGAAAUCACAGGGGGGCAGAAGCGAAACGGAGAGCAAACCGGAUGGUGGUGACCACUCCCAUGUGGGGGACAAAGCAGUAGAAGGUUAUUCACCCAAAGUGGACCCUCUUGAGGGGGCACAUCUGAUAGGGGGGGGGUUAUUAACUCCCCCCAGUAGGGCCCUUGAAGGGGGCUUUCCCGCGGGAGAGGCACACCAGGAAUGUGGAGCGGAUGCAGGUGAGGUGGAAGCGGUGAAAAUAAAGGCGGAAGUGCAAGAGGGAGACCAACCGGGUUGGGCGGAGGCACAAGCAGUGGAACAAGCAGAUGUUAUCGGAGACGUCCCCGUGAAGAAAAAAGGAACGCGGGGGAGGAAAAAGAAAGUGCAAAGCGCACCCGCAGGGGAGGGAGGCAUCCUACCCGAAGGCGUAAAAGUGGAGGAGAAGGAAGUCAAGCGGAAGGGCAGGAAGAGGAAGACGUAUGUAGAGCCAGCUAGCCAAAAUGGGAAUAACCAGGAAAUGCACAAACAAACAAACGAGUGUGUAAAGGGUAUUCCCUUGGAAGAACCCACCACCCACAAUAUAAAAGAAGAAGAAGCAAAAAUUAAAAUUGACCAAAUGGCAGUGUGUUUUAAGAGACCCAAGAGUGAAGCUCCACUGGGGGAGAACACCAAUGAGGCUUCCCCAAAUCACUCGAGCAACGUUUUUGAAAUUUUGAAUUAUAAGCUGAAGAAAUUUAAUGUGCAAAAUUGCGUCAACAGUCAUGCGGAGGUGACCGUUCUGCUUAACAACUUCCUAAAGGUGGUGAGGUUAAUAAACAGCCACAGGAAGAUGCUGCAGGGGGUGUACGGCCAGGUGUUUAAGACCCCCAGUGAGGCUUGCCUGCGGAGGUACUUCGAGGCCAAGUUCCCCUUUAUACAGUGCUACAGGGAUAGGCGCUACGAGUUGGCCGACGGGGGGGAGGAGGAUCAGCGGCAGGAUGGAGAGGAGGGGGAAGAAGAAGAGGAGGAGGGGGAAGAAGAAGAGGAGGAGGGGGACGAAGAAGAGGGGGACGAAGAAGAGGAGGAAGAGGAAAACGGCGGCGUGAAAGCAGAAGUUCAAGCGGAAGUUGAAGCCGCCUCCGCCGCUAACCCACUGAGUGACGACUUCCCCCCUGCAAACGGAACGCCAAUUGGGGAGAGCCGCUGUGGUGGGAUGAUGCCCCCUCUGGUUAGCCAGGCAGAGCUCAGCGGAAGGUCGCAUACGGUUAAGGAGGAAGUGUGUACCCUCUCAAAUUGGGAGAAUACUGCCCACCGCGGCAACGACGAAGGGUGUAACCCAAACGGAAGUUCCCAAAGAGAAUUAGAAGUAAAACCCCCUGGUGAUCAUUUGAAUGGAGUGAAGGAGGAGAGUAGCAGUGGGGCCGACGGGAUAAGCGUGUCGCGGUGGGUCCCACCUGGCGAUAGUCGGGGCGCGGGUUACGCACAGUGCAGCGCCGGCCCCCCCGCGUACGUGCCGUCAGAUGGGGUGGCCUACGUACGGCCGAACGGGGUCACCUACGCACCGUUAAACGAGGCCACCUACGUAACGUCUGAUGUGACCACCCACGUACUGCCCAACGCGGCAACCUACAUGGCAAGCUACCCCUCCGCCUUCCCCUGUGAGGGGUACCAAACGUAUGCCGCGCAGCUGAAUGGCCACCCCCAGAACAGCGCCCCGCAGGAGUUCAUUGCCCCGCACCAGUUCAGCCCCCCACAGGAGUUCAAUGCCCAACAGCAGUUCAGCGCGCCGCUCCAGUUCAGUGCCCCGCACAUUUUCAACCCCCACGUGAAUUCAGGCAAUAAUCUGAAUGGGGAUUCGUUCGGGUGA